AUGAUGCAUUACUGGUUUGUUGCGGGCAUAGUUAUUACUAGUGCUGUUGUGGUCUACACCGCAUAUACUCUUUAUAAGGAAGCAGAAGGACAGCCUUAUUACGUUUUCGAAGACGUUAACGACCGUCGAUCCCACAAUAAUAACCAACAACGAAGUCAGCGUAAUACCGAGGAAGACGAUGUGCCUUUGAAUAAUUAUAAAGAAAAAUCAAAUGAUCUUAGAAGGAGAAAGAAGAAAUCAAAAAAUUCAAAUAGUCAACGAUCAGAAAAUUCUCCGGUCCAUAGCGAGAAUGAAGAGGAAUUGUUAGAUAAAUUAUCAUAUUUGAAUGCAGUAGAACAAGAAAUCGAACGUAAAAAACAACAAUUGGCAGAUGAAGAACGUAUUCUUAAUGAAAAAGAACGUGAAAUUGAAAGGAGGAAACAAAAUUUAAUUAGUAGUUCACAUUCUAGUUUAAGUUUGGAUUCACCCACCGAAAUUAACCUUCUUAAUAGUAAUAAUUCCACUCCCGCCACUGCGGGUUCGAUAAAUGUUAAUGAACCAUCACCGUUGAUUAUUCCUUCUCCUAAUGACUUGAAUUCACCGCCAACUGAUCUUUCUCCGAUUGCUCCUACUAUGUCCAGUUCUUUGCAUGAUGAACAACAACGUGAUAAUGAAAAUCAUGUUUAUUCCGAUAUGGCGGCACAUUCUAUUCUCACUCAAGAUUUAUCUCACAUCAGUCAAAAUCAAAAAACUUCUAAUAAUUAUCCUUCAGUUAUUAUGAAACCUUCUUCUCGUUCAGUUACUACCAAUUCUACUAUUUCAUCAUCUCAAAAACAUCUUCAAGAUGAUGAUGAUUAUGUUAUUACAAAAUCACAACUAUUGAUGCGUCCAAAUAUCAUUAAUGAUUCCAAUCAAUCUCGUUUUAUGACAACAACAAAAUCUAUUAGAUCUGAAGAUACUUGGUCCGAAAUUGAUUCUGUUAUUUCUGAAAAUAUUGGUAGUAGUAUUUUAUCUUCUGCCGUGGAUAUUGAUAUGGAAGAUGUCGAUGUCAUAGAGCAUUAA